CAUGGAUAAAUCAUUAUAGCAGUGUAAAGUAGUGUAGGAUAAGAGAUAUGUAUUUUUCACCCUAUAGCCACCCCGGUCAGUGUGCAGUGAGAGCUGUCCUCCAGGUACCCGCAUGGCCAGAAAGAAAGGGGAACCUGUGUGCUGUUUUGACUGCAUCCCUUGUUCUGAGAGAAAGAUCAACAAUAAGACUGACUCCAUUGAGUGCACCAGUUGUCCAGAGGACUUCUGGUCGAACGUCCAGCGUGACCACUGUGUUCCUAAGAAAACGGAGUUCCUCUCCUACCAUGAACCUCUGGGUAUCUGCUUGACCACCACCUCAUUGCUGGGCACAUUUAUCUGUGCUGUUGUCCUGGGGAUCUUUAUCUAUCAUCGUAGCACACCCAUGGCAAAUAUGCAGAUGCAGUGGAGGUAUUUGCCAUCCUGGCUUCCAGUUUUGGUCUCUUGGUGGCAGAGAGAAAGAAGAGAGAAACACAAAGAAAGCUAUCAUGGGUCGAGUUGA